AUGCAGGACAACAAAGAUGAUAAAUUGAUCCCUGAAAAUCUCAAGCGCAGACCGCCCAGUCAGCUUGCGCUUUCGGGCUUGGGUAUCAGUCCAUCACACUCUACCUUGGAUCAACUGUCAAAGAAACCGAAGCAAGAGCCUAUCCCUCUGAAUAAACAGAAACUCUACAAAGAUUUGUUACAUCGUGUGUAUUCGGCACCUUACGAUCUACAGACACUGCUUUCGAAAGACGAUCAUGUUCUGGAAGCGAUUAGCAACGAAGGCUUAUUCGAAGCUGCCCGUUUGGCAAGUCCUAUACUGCCGCAGUAUCAUCCAAAAUUGCUAAUCGAAUUGCUGAAUUCAGGAAGAACUCGGGUGGUCAAAGCGAUAUUGCUGCAUGUUCUUAUGAGUCUCAAGCAGCUGAAUGUUUCGAUGCCUAAUCCGUUAUCACGCGCGUCAUCAAUACGCCGGAUGUCUGUAGCGGAAGGCGACUGUCGAGCGGAAAAUUUGGGACAGGAUUCCACGCGAGGCCUUUUCGAUAAUUUCGAUGAUUCAAGUUUAGAAUAUGACGAGCUUGAUGGCAUUGCGCCUCUGUCACUUCAUGUUUUGUUGGCUGUCAGCAAUCCGUCUUCUCUGGAAGAAAAAACAGUCGAUCCUCAACAGGACGAAUGA